AUGGUUUGGUACCUCGGGCGAGCUGGCGCGUGUGUAGACCGCUCCGGCGGCCCUGGGAAGUACGCCUCCGCGUCGACGUCCAACAGCCUCUCCUACGCAGAGAUUCACGACACUUGCCGCCGGUCCUGCGACGUCGACGCUUUCUGCGUCGGCUACAGCGUUUACGCUCCGCUCGUCGGAGGUCAGGUCGGUUACGAUCCGCUCGUCGGAGGUCAGGUCGAGUGCAAGACCUAUAAGGCGCAAACCUCGGUGGACAUGAUUGCGGGCGCAGCGCCCUCGAGCGGCACGACGUGCUACGAAAAAAUAUAUUCACCCGCGCCGUCGCCUCCGCCGCCGCCGCUCCCGCCACUGCCCCCGCCGUGUGCCUUCCCCGACGCGCAGUGCCUUGGCCAGACCUGCGGAGACUGGAUCGGCACCUCCUGCACCAGCCCCUCCCUCCAGGGACUCUGGGCCGGCCACACCUGCCCGCAUUGCCGCGGCUGCUGCUCCGUGCCGCCGCCGCCUUCCCCUCCCGCGGCCCCCCCCUCGCCAGCGACCCCGCCACAGCCGCCGCCGACGCCGCCACCGACGCCACCGCCUUCGACGCCGCCGCCGCUCGCCCCACCCCCACCCUUCUACGCCGACUUCGUCGACAAGCUCGACGGGACGGUGCGGACGGGGUACGAGACCGUGGCGCCCGUCGUCAAGGAGCUGGAGAAGGAGCUGGGCGCGCUGCUCCCUGAGCGGUGGGCCCAGAAGGUCGCCGAACACGGGAGCGCGGUGCGCGAGUGGAGCCUGCGCCCCCUCGGCGACUCGCUAAAGCUAAACUUGGACGACCGGAACCGGACAUCCACUCCGAGUGCUCUCCCCCCCCUCCUUCGCGAUCACGUGGUAAAGGCGGGCCGAGCCAUCCUCGCCAAUUCCCCGCUGAAGUUGGCGCUGGGAGCAGCCGGGUUGCUCUUCCUAGCGCUCUGCUUCUACCGCUGCUGCUGCCGGCGGCGCGAGCCGCCUCACAAGCGGCUCGUGGAGCCCGACGAGGAGGAGGCGCGGGGCGGCAUGCCAAGUCCGCGGCCGAAGCGCCGCUCCGAUGCCCUUCAUCGGCCGCAGGAGCUGGCGGAGCAGUUGGCGGAGCUGAAGCUUAGGAUGAAGGAAGUGGGGGAGCUGGAGCGGCGCCUCUCCGUGAGCAAGGCCCAAGGCCGGAAGUAG